AUGGUGCAGCUCGGGGGCAGCCGCCCAGCCCCACCGCCGGCCCCGGCCGCGCCGCCGGCCUUCAGCAUCGACAGUAUCCUGCAGGUCGGACCCCGCCGCCCGGCCCGGGAGCAGGGCAGAGCACGCUGCGCGCUGCCGAAGGAGGAGGAGGAAGAGGGGCCUGCGGAGCAAGACUCCAGUAAAGGCUCCAGCAACUCGGGCAGCGAGCCCCGCCGGCUCGGGGACGAGGAGAAAAACCGCGGCCUCAGCCCGGAGGCGGAGGGUGGCGGCGGGGUGGGUUCCCCGCUCCCUGCGGAGGGGAUGAGCGGGGUCCCGCAGCCGCCGCCACGGGAGGCCGGGGGCUGCGGCGGGGAGAGCGGCAAGUCGCCGGCGGCGGGCGGCAGGAAGAAGACGCGGACCAUCUUCUCCAAGAGCCAGGUCUUCCAGCUGGAGUCCACCUUCGACGUGAAGCGCUACCUGAGUAGUUCGGAGCGGGCCGGGCUGGCGGCUGCGCUGCACCUCACCGAGACCCAGGUGAAGAUCUGGUUCCAGAACCGCCGCAACAAGCUCAAGAGACAGAUGUCGACCGAGCCCGAGGGCCCGGGCCCGGCGGAGCCCCCCGGGGAGCCACCGCCCCCCGCCGCCGCCGCGGCUCUCUCCUUCCCGGCCAUUUACAAGGACAGCCCCUUGCUCAGUCGCUGCUUGCUGCCGCUGCCGUUCCCCCUGCUCUACCCAGGCAGCGCCAUCCCCUACCUCUGCCUUCCCGGGCCCGGCAAACACUUCAGCCUGGUGGACGGGGAUGUAUAG